AUGCAGUACCACCCGCUCGGCAGAGCCGCCAAAAAAGAAGUCCUCACCGGCUUUCUCACAAGCCUUUGUGGGGAAGAUGGGUUAGCCAACUUUAGUGCAGACUAUCUGGACCGAUUUGCUCGUUUGAAUGUUAAUGGUCGUCAGAUCAAGAACAUUGUGUCCAUCGCCCACACGCUUUCUCGAGAGGACGAGGAAGAACUGUCCUGUCUCCACGUCAACCACGCCUUGGAAGCCACGGGCCUGUGUUUGCCUCAAAGCGUUGACGAGCCGCUUGACCUGUACGACUGA